AGAUUAGGUUACAACAUUUGACACAGGCAUUACUAAAGUAGUGCCACGGUCCUGGAGCCGAUCAGAUGCCAUUGAUCUUCACCCAACAUGGAUGUACUGAAUAUCCCCACAGAGUGUGAGAAAAGUUGGUAUUUAGCUCUCAUGGCACCCAAUGUAAAGGGCUCACACUAUGCCUGGCUUGAUCCAUCCAGACUCUACUGUAACCAACAGGCCUUUAAAGACUGCGUAGAAGACUUGGUCCAGCCUUUCCAGAAUGACACCAUAGACAUCAUAGCUGGGAUUGAUGCCAUGGGCUUUAUUCUAGGAGCAGCUAUAGCUCACCGUCUUGGAAAAGGGUUUUUAACCAUCCGGAAAGAAGGUCACAGUUGUGUCGAAACCAAGAGAAAAAAUUACUCUGACUACACAGGUCGAGAGAAAGUGAUGGAGAUGCGCACUGAUGUGGUUAAAAAAGAUUUAAGAAUCCUAUUGGUGGACCAGUGGAUUGAGACUGGAGGCACGAUGGAAGCUGCAAUUGCACUCAUUGAGGAACAAGGUGGAACUAUAGCAGGCAUUGCAGCAAUCUGCAUCGAGGACAGCAAAGGAGGCAAACAAAUUAAAGAGAAAUAUAAAUGUUCAACCUGUGUCCCUGAUCACUUGCAGCCACAGUUCAAUAAUAAAUACCUGGAGUCCUUCAAAGCCUUUAAGACAAAGGUUCCAGAUAUGCAAAAUAAAUCUGAGUGA